GCCGCCCUUAGCUCAUGGAAGGGGCGGAACCGGGAUCUCGCCCAGUCCUAGAGGAGCCGGAAGUGCCUAGGGAUUGCGGGGCCGGAGACACUUACCUGCUGACCCUGUACCCUCAGGUAGAAGCGGCGGCUCCGGGAGCCCGGAGUCCAGUGGGCAGCUCCCCAGUGCCCAGGCUCUAGGGUGCAAGUGGUUGCAGCUCCCAGGCUCUAGAGCGCUGACUCAGUCGUUGUGAUGCAUGGGCUUAGUUACUGCACGGCAUGUGAAAUCUUCCCGGACCAGGGAUCGAACCCGUGCCCCUGCAUUGCCAGGUGACAAUGCAGGAUUCUUAACUGCUGGACUCUUGGCCACCAGGGAGCCUGAUGCUUGCUCCUUUAUAUUCCUAGAAGCUUCUGGAGUCUUCUCUGCUUUUCCUGGGCUCAGUGAUCUAAAGCGCUGCCCACUACAUGUCUCUCUUUAUCAGUGGGUCUCCCAUAUUCGUACUCCAGUGUUAAGAAUGGAGAAACCAAAGUGGGAGUUUUCACCUACCACACAGCAGGUGUGCCUUGCAGCUGCUGCAGCUCCUGCCUCUGGCUGACCCAGCUUUGCCUGGUGUGAGAGCCGGAGGGACCGGUUUAGCUGGGAGAAGAAGGAACAGCUGUGAUGGGCCAGGGGCCAGCCCAAGCCUGAAUGUGGGUCUGAGGACUGGGAUCACGGCUGAGAACUAUGACUUAGAGACGCUGGGAUCAGGUCGUGGCUGUGAACGGGCUUCCCACAUGUCCCAGGGAAACUGGGAAGGAUUUGGGAGUUUGGGCUUUAAAUUUUGUAAUUUGGGCCCAGCUGUGGGGGUUGCCUUACUGCAAGCAUCUGAGAACUGAGCAAAGCCUUGGGUACCAGGGUUACCUCCACCCCUGGGGGCCCUGGGCCUGAUCUGCCAUGAGGCUGGCCCCUCACUGUACCCUAAUGUGGGGUGCCUGCCCUCUCCCUGCCCCCACAGUCAGGCCAUCCCAGGGGUUCACACCAAGGGCUCUGUAAUCACCCAGGCCUGGGAGCGAAGCCUGGCUCCGCUCCUGACUAGUGGUGAGAUCGUGGACAAGUCACUCCGCCUCCCUGAGCCUCGGCCUGGCUUGUCUGUAAUCAGGGAUAAUGACCCGCUCGGCCGGCCUGGCAGGUUGUCGUAAAGGCGACAGGAGCCCUGCCACUGAGCACUGUGGUCAUGAUUACUCAUGGCAUUUAGAGGCUCGCGGCGCCCUGGAUGGCCUUACCCGGUGCCCCGAUUUGACAGAAGUGAGCAUCGCACUUGGAGAAGGGAGGGGGCCCCACGGCCGACUGGGAUCAGAACCCACGUCUUCAGGCGCACCUCCCAGCCCAUCAGGGCUGCCCAUCUGCGGAGGCAAUCCGAGGACCACCAGGACCACACGCCGGAAGCCUGAGCCAUGAACUACAUGGGGCAGCUGGCAGAGACUGUGUUCGGCACGGUGAAGGGCCUGUACCGGGGCCUGAACCCAGCCACGCUGAGCGGGGGCAUCGAUGUGCUGGUGGUGAGGCAGGUGGACGGCUCCUUCCGAUGCUCACCCUUCCACGUGCGCUUUGGCAAGCUGGGCGUCCUGCACUCGCGGGAGAAGGUGGUGGACAUCGAGAUCAACGGGGAGCCCGUGGACCUGCACAUGAAGCUGGGGGACAGCGGGGAGGCCUUCUUCGUCCAGGAGCUGGAGAGCGAUGAGGAAGACGUACCUCCCCGCCUGUGCACGUCACCCAUCCCUUGGGGGGGCCUGGCGGGGUUCCCUUCGGACUCCCCGCUGGGCACCACCAGCGAGCCUGACGCCAGCAUCGCGGGCAUGGUCCCCACCGGGCGGAAGAAGAAACGGCGCAGGAGGAAGACCAAGCGGAAGGAGGACGCGGCGGCCGCCGAUUCUAGUUCAGAGGAGCUGGAGGCAGGCGCUGAGAGUGAGCCAUCCCUGCUGGAAAAGCCGAGGCCGGAGCCCCCAGGCAGCAUCCAGCAGGAAGGGGAGUCCUCACCGGAGCCCAAAGACAUCUACCCCUACUCUGACGGCGAGUGGCACCCCCAGGCCAGCCUCUCGCCGGGUGAGCUAACAUCUCCCAAGAGUGACUCGGAGCUGGAACUGCGGAGCCCCGAACCCAGCCCCCUGAGAGCGGAGUCCCACAUGCAGUGGGCCUGGGGGAGGCUGCCAAAGGUGGGCAAAGCUGAAUGGCCCGAGUCCUCGGUGGUCGCUGAUGCCAACUCCAGGACAGCCUCUCCGCCUAAGGGGGCGCCCAGCACCCCGUCCGCCUCUGUGAUUGGCGUGGACCCUCCAGGACCCCCAACCCUGCAGACAGGGGCUGGCACUGACCUUCUUCAGCCUGACACGGAGGUGCCCGCUCUGGCGGGUCCCCCUCUCUCUGCCCCUGAGAGGGAGGAAACCAAGACUCAGAGUUCGGGGGACGCGGGCCCCCGUCCUCCGUCCAAAUCCUGGAGCUGGGCUGCUUUAGAAGACCCCGCUCACACCCGCAAGCCAGAGGGGGUGUCCCAGAGGAAAGGUUCCCUGAAGAGAAGCCAGCACCUGGGCCCCAGUGACAUCUACCUGGAUGACCUGCCCUCCCUGGACUCUGAGAAUGCAGCCCUUUACUUCCCCCAGAGCAGCGGUGGGCUGGGGGCCAGGAAGUGGAGUGCUCCUGACAGCGUGAAGCCGCUGGGGGACUGCAACCCUGAGCAGGAGCCAGAGCCCGCUGCGGACACAGCAGGCACUGUGGUGCUGUCCCUCUGUGGGGGCCUGGCCGACGGCAGGGACGUCUCAGCGGAGAAGUUCAACCAGCACAUGGUCUCCUACCAGGACCUCGCCCGAAACCCCGGCCUGCUGGACGACCCGAACCUGGUGGUGAAGAUCAAUAAGCAGCAUUAUAACUGGGCUGUAGCUGCCCCCAUGAUCCUGUCCCUGCAAGCCUUUCAGAAAAACUUGCCCAAGAGCACCGUGGACAAGCUGGAGAAGGAGAAGAUGCCCCGGAAGGGAGGCCGGUGGUGGUUUUCCUGGCGACGCAGGGAUUUCCCGGCCAAGGAGUGCAGCGCCCAGAGGGAGAAAACCACAGCACGGGAGCAGCAGGGGGAGAAGACAGAAGCCCUGAGCAGUGAGGAUGACACCCUGGACAGCCCUGUCAUCCUGGAGGCCCCCUCCCCGCCCCCCUCGCCCCCAGCCCACUCCCCUGCCUACAAGAAGUCCCUCCGCCUCUCCUCCAGUCAGAUCCGGCGCCUUAACCUGCAAGAAGGUGCCAACGAUGUGGUCUUCAGUGUGACCACCCAAUACCAGGGCACCUGCCGCUGCAGGGCCACCAUCUACCUGUGGAAGUGGGACGACAAGGUGGUCAUCUCCGACAUCGACGGCACCAUCACCAAGUCAGACGCGCUGGGCCACAUUCUGCCCCAACUGGGGAAAGACUGGACACAUCAGGGCAUCACCAGUCUCUACCACAAAAUCCACCUAAACGGGUACAAGUUCCUCUACUGCUCGGCACGGGCCAUCGGCAUGGCCAACCUCACCAAGGGGUACCUGCAGUGGGUGAGCGAGGCGGGCUGCGGCCUCCCCAAGGGCCCCAUCCUGCUGUCCCCCAGCAGCCUCUUCUCCGCCCUGCACAGGGAGGUGAUAGAGAGGAAGCCGGAGGUGUUCAAGAUCGCCUGCCUGAGUGAUGUCCAGCAGCUCUUUCUGCCCCAGGAACAGCCCUUCUAUGCCGCCUUUGGGAACAGGCCCAAUGAUGUCACUGCCUACCGGCAGGUCGGCCUGCCCGCCUGCCGCAUCUUCACGGUCAACCCCCGGGGAGAGCUCAGCCAGGAGCUGAUGAAGAACCACAAGUCCACGUACGAGCGGCUCAGCGAGGUGGUCGAACUCCUCUUCCCGCCCGUGGCCCGCGGCCCCAGCACAGACCUGGCCCACCCUGAAUACAGCAACUUCUGCUACUGGCGGGAGCCGCUGGCCCCCGUGGACCUUGAUGCCUUGACCUGAGCCUGCCUCCGGCUGCCCACCGACCAUGGCCCAGCCCAGAACUGACUGUGUCCCAGGGCAUGUGGGUCGGAAAGCCAGGUGCCUGCUUGGCCAACCCGCUGAAGGCGGGGGGCGGGGUGCUGUGAGCUGGCCGUGGCCUCUCCUGUCCCUGGGUCUUGGCCAGCUGGGCUACGGUCAGGGGCAAGGGGGCCGCUGCUUCAGGCCCCAGCAUGGCCCUGCCCUGUAGCCAGGAAAUGACUGGGUCCUUGCAGGGUUCUCUACACCCUUGAUGUCUCUUUCCUUCUCACCCGGGACCCGGACUCAACUCCUGACAGGACAGAGAUGAGAGAGAGGCCCCUCUGAGGCUUGAGGCCUGUACGCCCAGGAGAGGGGUGAUGGCAGCUAACCAUCCGGGAAAGAAAGUGUCUUCCAACCCUCUUUGGGGAGCCUGCACUGUGCCCUCUGAAGCCAGAUCCUCCAUAGCCCCGGCCCCUUCCCACAGCUCUGGAGCCAGCCAGACAUUACCGUGGAGCCCCACCAGUGCCCUGGUGUCUCAGCCUAUCCGGACCCCAGAGGCGCUGGGACCCCCCAGCCUCUGGGGAGGGAGAUGCCACAUACCCAGACCCUCCCCGCACCUCCACUGAGGACACAGCCCAAGACUCUGCCUGCCCCCCCACCCCCAGCCCUUGCUGGUCAUUUCACCACCCACACAGCCGCUGCAUGAGUUUCUGUCCGAGGGCCUGUGGGAAGCAGGGCCAACACCCCUCUGCCACCAUCCCUCCCGCUGCGUUUGGGGAAGAAAGGACCUUUAGACAGGCUAAAAGCUUUAAUCCAGGCCUGCCCUACCCACCCCCCGACCACCACCCCUAGCACCAAAGUGGAGGGCAGAAUACCAAAUGUCAGGAACGCAGAAGGCGGGGCUGUGAGCUACCACGGGGGCACCCAGGCCCCCGUGGGGAAACCGAGGCCAAAAGCCUCAGCAGGGAUGGGUCUCCGCGGGGCAUGUGAGCCAGACGAACACUUGUGUUCUCAUGUUGUCAUACCUGAAUUUCUCACCCUGUUGUGAACAUCCGCGCAGGGCCGGGGUUUUCCAAGGAUGUCGGAAACUAGGCCUAGAGCCCUUGCUCUCCAGCCGUGGCCUCCUGCCCAGGGUCUGGCCUCAUUCGGGCCAUGACGUACAUGAGGGCUGCCCUCCGGAGGGAGGCUCUAACCUGGGGCGGGGGGUGGAUUUUCCCCCAAAUGGAAAGCAGGGGACCAAGCAGGGACCAGAGUACCCUAGAAACAUCUUUGGGAAAGGGAAGGAAAAAAAGGAUAAAUUAUAGUGGGAGGGGCCUCCAAACAUUCUUUCCGCCAGGAAAACACAGCUGCCUAAGCCCUCACCUUGGGGGAGGAUCAGAAGGAAUAAAGAGUGCUCUCGCCGA